UUUUGUGGCUGCACCAUCGCCGGGCUCUCUCUCCUCUCCGCCUCCGUCCUGCGGCUCCGCAGCCUCCGGGACCCCCGGGACCAGCUGGAGCUGCUGCUGCCGCCGCGCUCGCUCUACGUGCUGCGGGGCGCCGCCCGGUACGAGUUCACCCACGAGAUCCUGGGCGACGAGGAAUCGUUCUUCGGGGGGCUGCGGGUGCCGCGGGGGCGCCGCGUGGCGCUCAUCUUCCGCAACGACCCCCCCGGUGAGAGACGCCCCAAAAUCACCCAAAAAUACCCCAAAAAUCCUCCCCAAAAUCCCCUGAUCUUCCGCAACGACCCCCCCGGUGAGAGACGCCCCAAAAAUACCCGAAACCACCCAAAAAUACCCCAAAAAUCCUCC